CCCAGGGCAGCGCUGCGGUUCUCCUGCUUCACCCUCCUCCAUCCCUGUCCCGCGCUUCGCCCAUUGGUCACAGGGGCUGGGCUCGGGGGGAGCCCUGGGAUGUUGUAUAUAACCAACCCCUCCGUUCAGAGAGACCUCAGCAACUCGUGAGAGGGAAGAAACAUUCCCCUGAGCACGAGCCCAUAUGCAACAGCAAGCCCCAGGAUCUACAACACUGCAGUUGUCCCGGGACCUGCAGGACAUGCCCAGCAGCCUGUGAAGUGGGAAGGAGCCGUGAGAGGGAAAGAAGCUGAUCCCAGAAGCACCUGAAGUCUGUGGUCACAAGGAAGGUGACUGAACUCCAUUGAGAAACUUUGCUGUUGUGUGCAUGGUGAUUUGCGAACAAGGUGAUUUCUCGUGUCAGGAUCCAAUUGAGACCCAUGCAGAGGCAUCCCACAAGCAUUAUGAGGACUCUUGCAGCCAGCUUUGAUGUUCAGUCCUCAAUGGCAAAAAUCCCAGCUCCUACCACCCUGGCCAUUUUCCUGGCUUGCCUCUUCUGUGGGGCACACAGUCAGACCCCAAGGGCUUUCCAGGAGAGCACCAUCCCCUUUGAGGUGCUUAGCCAUGAGCAGGUUUACAGCCUGGUCCAGCCAAGCCUGUUCCAGGAUAACAGGCAGUCGAACCACUCGGAGAGCGUCUCUGGGAGCACCAGCUCUGAGCCACCCCUGCUGCCUGUGUGUUUGAAGCCCGCAGAUAUCAGACACAUCUUCAAAUACAUCAACACCAUAGUGUCCUGCACCAUCUUCAUAGUGGGGAUCAUUGGCAACUCCACACUCCUGAGGAUCAUUUACAAGAACAAGUGUAUGAGGAAUGGGCCAAAUGUCCUCAUUGCCAGCUUGGCACUUGGAGACCUGCUCUACAUCCUCAUUGCUCUACCCAUCAAUGUGUAUAAGCUCUUGGCAAAGGACUGGCCCUUUGGCGUGCAGGUGUGCAAGCUGGUCCCCUUCAUCCAGAAGGCUUCGGUGGGCAUUACAGUCCUCAGCCUUUGUGCUCUCAGCAUCGACAGGUACCGAGCAGUGGCAUCCUGGAGUCGGAUCCAGGGGAUAGGAAUCCCCAUGUGGAAGGCAGUGGAGGUGAUGCUGAUCUGGGCAGUGGCCAUCGUGCUUGCAGUGCCUGAAGCUAUAGCCUUUGACAUGGUGGAGCUCAGCUACUGGGAACACCACCUGUGGGUGUGCAUGCUUGCCUCUGAACAGAAAUCCAGCUUCAUGAUGUUCUACCGUGAUGUGAAAGACUGGUGGCUUUUUGGCUUCUAUUUCUGCCUCCCCUUGGUAUGCACUGGCAUCUUCUACACUCUCAUGUCAUGCGAGAUGUUGAACAAGAGAAACGGCAUGAGAACUGCUCUGAAUGACCACAUGAAACGGCGCCGGGAGGUGGCCAAGACAGUGUUCUGCCUAGUGGUGAUCUUUGCGCUCUGCUGGCUUCCGCUCCACCUCAGCCGCAUCCUCAAGAAGACCAUCUAUGACCAGACAGACCCCAACAGAUGUGAACUGCUCAGUUUCCUCCUUGUGAUGGAUUACUUCGGGAUCAAUAUGGCCUCCCUCAACUCCUGCAUCAACCCUGUGGCUCUCUACUUUGUCAGCCGGAAAUUCAAGAACUGCUUCCAGUCCUGCCUAUGCUGCUGGUGCCAGAGAUCCACUCUGAGCAUCACACCAAUGGAUGACAAGGGCUCUGUUGGGAAGUGGAAAGCCAAUGGGCAGGAGCUUGGGGUGGACCGGAGCAGCUCCCGCUUGAGUAACAAGUACAGCUCUUCCUAAAGCUAUACCUCUGGCAGGGCCAAGAGGAGAAGGCUCUGUGCCAGGAUGGCAGGACUCCUCCAUUACUCUCGCAUGGCUGUUUCCUGGCUGGGCCUGAACAAUUUUUGUCUUCAUGUGAUAACCCAUCUGGAAGGAGCUGCAGCAUUUCACUAGGCCCUUGGGACUAGCUCUGAACAUAGGCUCUGUACCACUCUGAUCCAUUCCCUGGUCUGAGCCACUUCUGGAGGAGAGGGAAGAGGAUGCAGAUCCUCACAUGAUUUUUCAUUUCCUUGCAGGAAAAGCAAAUGACUUAUGGC